CUCAAGUCUAAAGGUCUUCACAGUCUCAGACUUGGAGUUGAAGCUUAUGCCUGAUGAGUUCUGCUAUGACUAUGAGCAUCAGAUCAUUGUGCUAGAGAAAGCUCCAAGUGUCCUGAGUUUCAAAAAUAUCAAGAUCUGCAAAGAUGAUAUGAAAAUUACAGAAUUUAAGCAUACAAUUGAAGGCAAAUGGUGUAUAAAAUUACCCACAAAUGAUCAAAUCCUCAAACCUAAAGAUGCUCCUCUCUAUGAAGAUCCUGGGCUCUUUCAUGAUCAAGAAAGAGACUCAAUGAUCACAUACAAAAACAUACUAUCUUCAAAUAGACCCCAUUACCAGCUCAACACUUUUGUCGAGCCAGAUAGGUCAAAUAUCUUAGGAGCAGAGAAGGUUUGCAAACUCCAUCUGAAACUUAUAAUAAAAUCUCUGCCAGAUAUCCCUCCGAAUGGAGUGGUGUCCAUUUACAUUCAUACAUAUUAUUUUAUUCCGGGGGUUAAUGGUACGGAUCAUUAUGAAAUCACCAGACCAGACCUGAAUCGAGGAAAUGAUCAAGGCAAUGUAGUCAAGGAGAUCACAAGGAUUGAUGCUAAUGAAGAGCUAUGUAUCCUGUUUGAUGGACUUAAGAACAUGAAUUUGUAUGAGUUCAGAUGCGAAAGCAUUAUUGAUGAUGACAAUGUUGUCCAGAAGUUGUGUGAACUGUGUGAGUGUAAUAACACUAUCAGAGAUAUUGAAAUAAAUCUAGAACAUGCAGCUCAUGCAAAACAAAUUCUUGAAUCACUUAGAGAAAACUAUGUGAUCAAGACUGUUAGACUGAUGACUCUUGAAGCGAUCAAGGUUCCUUCUCAAAAUCCCAGACCUCUAAAAUCCAAGAAGACCAAAAAGAAGAGCAAAGUUGUAAAGAAACCUAAAUCUGAUGAAUCAAUGCAACUGUACAAUGAAAUAACUACAUAUUGUGAUGAAUUCAGAAGCAAGAGACUGGGUACAGAAAUAAUGCUAAAUACAACACACAAGAAGUAUAAGCCUUGGGAAAAGAAAGGGUUCCAGCUAAGUUACAAAUAAUAGCCAUUUCUUAAUCUUAGCUUAACAUCUAAAAUAUUUU